CCUCCAGCCCCUCACAGUGACUCUACCCUCUUCAACGACGUCUCCUCGGCCCGCUCCUACAUGCUCUCUCCCCAUUGGCUGAGCUCCCCGCCGCUUCCUGCUACGUACUCCAAAAAUGCCUCUUUCCAGCUGUGUGUAGUUUUUUGGUUUUACGGAGGCUGAGGAGGCUCCUUUGUACUCGCACUGUAAACACUCUCGCAGGGCUUUAACCGGUUCGUGUGACCGCAGACUGCAACCCUCCCGCCGCUCAGACAUGGCUCAGUGCUCCGGCUCUGCUGACGGUAGCUCCGCGGUGAACGGAGAGCCGAGCAAAGAGAGGAAGGUUGCUGUUAUCACCGGCAUCACCGGACAGGUUCACGGUAUUUUGCGCCGUUCCAGCUCCUUCAACACGGGUCGAAUUGAGCAUCUUUACCAGAACCCACAGGCGCACACUGAAGGCAACAUGAAGCUGCAUUAUGGCGAUCUGACUGACAGCACGUGUCUGGUGAAGAUCAUCAACCAGGUGAAGCCCACAGAGAUCUACAACCUGGGCGCUCAGAGUCACGUCAAGGUAGAGUGAUCCCACAAACUGCAACACACUGUGUUCCUCCAAAUGAAAACCACCUUUCUGAUAUGACUUUGUUUGAUAAUCAUUGUUAACUGACUUCCUAUUCCCUGGAAUCACUGCACAUGGGUUUGUUUUUAAGAGCCAGGCAAAGGAAAAGAGCUGAU